CAGAUAGUGAGUCGGUACUUUCAUAACCAAAACAUAAGACACUCAAUCUCUCACAAGCUAGUCGCUGGGUUCCAACUUCCAAAUACCAAAUUACCAAUCUUGUUUACUUUUUGCGCAAGACUCCGUCUGUUCUCUUCUCGCCGUCUUUCUCUUUGCUUCAAUGGCGUCGGCGAUGGUAGAAGAUCCGAACUUUCAGGAAGAUCAGCUUGCUAAUAUGACCACUGAAGAUAUAGUUAGGGCUUCUCGUAUUCUCGACAAUGAGAUUCGCAUUCUCAAGGAGGAUGUACAAAGAACGUCUUUGGAGUUGGAUUCGUUUAAAGAGAAGAUUAAAGAGAAUCAAGAAAAAAUUAAGCUUAAUAAGCAACUUCCUUACCUUGUCGGUAAUAUUGUUGAGAUAUUGGAAAUGAAUCCAGAAGACGAGACUGAGGAAGAUGGUGCCAAUAUUGAUCUUGACUCCCAAAGAAAAGGGAAAUGUGUUGUGCUUAAAACAUCGACCAGACAGACAAUAUUUCUUCCUGUUGUUGGACUAGUUGAUCCUGAUACGCUGAAACCUGGUGAUUUAGUUGGUGUCAACAAAGAUAGUUAUCUUAUCCUGGACACUCUGCCAUCGGAAUAUGAUUCUCGAGUAAAAGCUAUGGAAGUUGAUGAAAAACCAACGGAAGAUUACAGCGAUAUUGGAGGCCUGGAGAAACAGAUUCAGGAGCUUGUUGAAGCUAUUGUUUUGCCAAUGACACACAAGGAACGUUUCCAAACAAUAGGAAUCCGUCCUCCUAAAGGAGUUCUUUUGUAUGGCCCUCCUGGAACAGGAAAAACUCUUAUGGCGCGAGCAUGUGCUGCCCAAACAAAUGCCACUUUUCUGAAGUUAGCUGGUCCACAGCUUGUCCAGAUGUUCAUUGGAGAUGGGGCAAAGCUUGUGCGUGAUGCUUUUCAACUGGCAAAAGAGAAGGCUCCUUGCAUCAUAUUUAUUGAUGAAAUCGAUGCUAUUGGUACCAAGCGAUUUGACAGUGAAGUGAGUGGUGACAGAGAAGUGCAACGAACUAUGUUGGAGCUUUUAAAUCAGCUUGACGGCUUUAGUAGUGAUGAAAGGAUUAAGGUAAUUGCAGCUACCAACAGGGCGGAUAUUCUGGAUCCUGCCCUCAUGCGAUCUGGUCGACUUGACCGUAAGAUUGAAUUUCCUCACCCAACCGAGGAGGCAAGAGCUCGUAUUUUACAGAUCCAUUCAAGGAAAAUGAAUGUGCACCCUGAUGUAAAUUUUGAAGAAUUGGCUCGCUCCACAGACGACUUCAAUGGUGCCCAGUUAAAGGCUGUCUGUGUUGAGGCAGGCAUGUUAGCGCUUCGACGGGAUGCGACAGAGGUGAACCAUGAGGACUUUAAUGAAGGGAUCAUUCAAGUCCAAGCAAAGAAGAAAGCAAGCCUAAAUUACUAUGCUUAGGAUUUUAUUUAAUUGGUUUGUUUCAAUAUUGUAUGUACGCUCUUGGUGUUAUGUGGUCUAAAACUUUAAAUUGCUUCAUUGUUCUGUAUUGAAUAUUGAUGAAGCAUGCUUUUUUCACUUCAUCAAUUUUAGUAAGAACUUUUAAUUUUUUUCGAUACCUAA